GCCUGGCCGCAGUUCCCAGCCGCGAGUUGGGACGCGGAGUCGGAGGAGUCAGAGGAGUCAGAAGCGCACAACCGGGCACGAUGGCUGCGUGGAGCGAGCGGCUGGCCGGCGUGCGCGGGGUGCUGCUCGACAUCUCGGGCGUCCUGCUCGAUGGCGGCAAGGAUGGCGGCGUGCCCAUCCCUGGCUCGGUGGAGGCGCUGGCGAGACUGAAGCGGUCCCAGCUGAAGGUGAGGUUCUGCACCAACGAGUCCCAGGUGUCGCGGAAGGACCUGGUGGGGCUCCUGCGGCACAUGGGUUUCGACAUCUCUGAGGGCGAGGUGACCUCCCCGGCGCCGGCCGCCUGUCUGGUCCUGAAGGAGCGAGGCCUGCGGCCACACCUGCUCGUCUCUGACGGAGUCCGCUCAGAAUUUCACCGGAUCGACACGUCCAAGCCGAACUGUGUCGUCAUUGCAGACGCAGGAGAAAGCUUCUCUUACCAGAACGUGAAUAAAGCCUUCCAGGUCCUCAUGGAGCUGGAAAACCCCGUGCUCAUAUCUCUGGGGAAAGGGCGUUACUACAAGCAGACCUCGGGCCUGAUGCUGGAUGUCGGUGCCUACAUGAAGGCGCUCGAGUAUGCUUGUGGCAUCGAAGCCCAGGUGGUGGGCAAGCCUGCUCCCGAGUUUUUCCAGUCCGCCCUGCGGGAGAUGGGCUUGGAGGCUCACGAGGCCAUCAUGAUUGGAGACGACAUCGUGGGUGACGUCGGCGGUGCCCAGAGCUGUGGGAUGAGAGCCGUGCAGGUGCGGACGGGGAAGUUCAGGCCCAGUGACGAGCACCACCCGGAAGUGAAGGCUGACGGGUACGUGGACAACCUGGCAGAGGCCGUGGACCUACUGCUGCAGCACACGCACAAGUGACGAGCCUUGUGGGGCGGCCCCAGCCUCACACCGCCCCCCGACCCCGUGCCCGGACCACCCGAGGCCCUGCCCUCUGCCCUCCGCCCUGGACAGGCAGGCGAGAGGUUCCCAGCCAGGCUCCCCUGAGCUGCCCACUUCCUUCCUCAGUCUCCCUCUGCUUCCCCCUGCCGCCUUCUGGGAUGGGCUGUCCCCUAGUGAGGCUAGAGGAUGGGACAGACCUGUCUGGGUGUGGUCUGGACGUGCCCUGGGGGCACCCCGAAUCCCAGACCCAUUAAUUCUCCGGCUGUAUCUGGUCCUGUAAGCCCUCCACCACCUAACUGGACUUGGGGGCACUCCCCCUCUGCCACUCUGCCAACAUUCUCUACACGUGAGCGAGAGCGAGGAGCCUAGAGAAGGCAGGGGCCUCCUGUAAGGUCCACACAGCACAGGGCUGAGCCUGCCCCUCUGGGACGCCCCCCUCCCCAGCAACCCCCACCCACCUCCCAGCCCCCUCCUGGAGUCGGAGUGGCCACUUAGCACCAUGCCCCCCACCAGCCGUGACAGCCCUUGCCUUUCCUACCCCACAAGUCACCUUGGAGCCAGAGGCUGGGCCGGGAGCCUCCAGAGCAGGCAUGUAACCACCGG